AUGGCUAAAGGAAAGGGUAAGCGCUCCUCUGGAGCAAAUGAAAUCAUACCGGAAAGUGGAGCGGCUGUUGAUGACUCCAACGCGGCUGCGGAUGCUUUUCCUCAGCUGGAGGAAAGUGCUUUUGCCGGGCUACGACAGAGGAUCGAACAGAAAUUGAAGAACGAGAAUGCGACGAAGCAGAAGAAAAACAGCAAGUCGAAAGCUGCUGCGAAGGAAUUGCCAAAGCAAGCUAAGGAGAAUGCACUGGCACCAGUCGCAAAGCGAGGAUCUGAUGCCGAUAGAGGCAACAGGGGCAAAAAGCGGGAUCACGGUGGUGACGUUAUUGCCAGAGAAGGAAAGAAGGAUACAGAAAGGGUUAAACAAUCCAAGUCGAAUAGUACGAAUGAGAAUGAUGCCCUACGGCAAGAGAUUUUGGCAUUAGGGGGUACUGAGGAAGAUUUUGAUUUACUCGCGGAUAUCGGUUCUGAUUCCGAGGUGGAGGGUGCAAAAGAUGCUCCUAGGAAGUCGAACAAUAAAUCGGAUGAGGAUCUACUAAGAAAAGAACUGUCGAGUAUGUUGGCCGCUGCCGGACAAGUUGUCCCCGAUGAUAUCCAGGAUGAUGAGGAAGCUGAGGUUGAAGACGAGGACGAGGAUAAGGAAGAAGAUGAGGAGGAACAGGAUGAAACUUCAGAUGACAAUGUUUCGGAGGCUCUGGGAGUUCCGCCAGCUCCGGCUGUCACGGAAACCAAGGCAAAAGCCAAGGAAACAAUCCAAAACAUCCUCCCCAAGGAAUAUUCUAAGCUUACCAUACCACCACGAUCUGAUUGGUACAUGACCGAGCUUCCUUCGACAUCUGCGAAGCAAGCAAAUGCAUUGCCUCGGCAGUUGGUUGACCGCGUAUACAAGCAUGCCCUUUCGCUGCUCGAGAAAGAGAGCAAGAUAUACGCCGAUGCACAACAGGCUUCCGCUUCUUCUUCUCACAAGUUUUACACUACUAUUAUGACAUCCGGAACACUGAGCGACAAGAUCUCAGCUUUGACGCUUGCCGUGCAGGAAUCACCUUUGCAUAAUACCAAAUCACUAGAGAACCUCAUUGGACUUGGCAAGAAACGCAGUCGUGCCCAGGCGGUAGAGGUUCUCAGGUCUCUGAAGGAUAUGUUCGCCCAGGGCACCUUGCUCCCCAGUGAUCGUAGGCUCAGGGCCUUUGCCAACCAGCCAUUCCUCAUGGCUGCAUUCCAAGGAGCAGGUAGCAAAUGGUCGGAGGGGGACCCUCUUCCUGGUGGACUUCAGAACAGCCACCUCAUCCUGUGGGCUUUCGAGAAUAUAGUUAAGGAUCAGUAUUUUGAGAUGCUUAAGAUCCUGGAAGUGUGGUGCAAUGACGAAAUUGAGUUCUCUCGCUCCAGAGCUGUAAGCUACGUCUACGAGCUACUUAAAGAAAAGCCUGAACAGGAAACCAACCUUCUACGUUUGCUGGUCAACAAACUUGGUGAUAAAGCGAAGAAGAUUGCAUCCCGGGCUUCCUAUUUGCUGCUGCAACUCGAACAAGCGCAUCCGAUGAUGAAACCAACAAUCAUCGCUUCCGUCGAGGAAGUCCUCUUCCGCCGAGGCCAGAGCCAGCACGCCAAGUAUUAUGCGUUGAUCACGUUGAACCAAACUGUUCUGAGCCUGAAAGAGGAAAACGUUGCGGUGAAGCUACUCGACAUCUACUUUUCGUAUUUCGUUGUCUUGUUAAAAUCCAUGAAACCCAUCAAGGCAGACAAAAAGCAAGGCAGGUUCGGUAAGAAGGGGGGGAAAGAAAAGGAUGAAGAACAUAAGGGUCAGGCUCAGAAUGAGGAAAUGCGCGAAAAGCUCAUCUCGGGAGUCCUGACAGGUGUCAAUCGGGCUUAUCCCUUCACGAGCUCAGAUACUGAUCGACUUUCCAAACAUAUUGGAACUCUGUUCCGCAUCACGCAUUCGUCAAACUUCAACACCAGCAUCCAAGCCCUCAUGCUGAUUCAACAACUGAGCUCAACCCAUCAAGUUGCGGCCGAUCGCUUUUACCGCACCCUGUAUGAAUCUCUACUUGACCCGCGGGUUGCCACAUCCUCAAAGCAGUCGCUUUACCUAAACUUGCUUUUCAAAGCAUUGAAAAAUGAUGUCAAUGGUAGGCGUGUUAAGGCCUUCGUGAAGCGUAUUAUUCAAGUUCUCGGCAUGCAUCAGCCAGCCUUCAUCUGCGGCGUAUUUUAUCUUAUUCGCGAACUGGAGAAGACUUUCCCUGGUCUCCAGUCUUUGUUUGACCAGCCUGAGGAGAAUGAUGGCGACGAUGAAGAGGUGUUUAGGGACGUCCCUGACGAAGAUGAUGAGGAAGAGGAUCAGCCAACGGUGACUGAGCCCCUGCCGCAAAAUCAAUAUGAUCCCCGGAAGCGAGACCCCGAGCACAGCAAUGCUGAUCGGACGUGUCUCUGGGAACUGCUACCUUAUCUGGCCCACUUUCAUCCAUCUGUGUCGGUCAAUGCGGCGCAUCUCCUCGAUCAUCAGCCAAUGAGUGGCAAGCCGGAUCUGACCAUCCACACUUUGACCCACUUCCUGGACCGCUUUGUAUACCGAACCCCCAAGGCAUCUGCAGCCACACGUGGAUCUUCCAUCAUGCAGCCUCUCGCCGGUAGCGACGCCAAGGAUCGGCUGGUCAGUGCCGGCAGCCAUGCCCAGAACCUGCCACUCAACUCGGAAGCGUUCUGGCAGAAGAAAUCCGAAGACGUUGCCGCGGAGGACGUGUUCUUCCACGAGUACUUCAGCCGAGUCGGAAAGGACAAGGAUAAGGCUCGCAAAAAGAAGUCUAGGGACCCUGUUGACCAAGAUGAGGAGGACGUCGAAGGACUCAGCGACGCGGAAUCUGAGAUCUGGAAAGCCCUUGUCGAUUCGAGGCCUGAAUUGGACACCGGCGCCAGCGAUGAUGAUCUCGAUUUGGACGAUCUCGAGUCGGCGUAUGAUAAGGAUGAGGAUGAAGAGAGCCAUGAUGAAGGGGUCAUCUUCAAUGACGAAUCCGACGAGGAAGUGGAUGAGGACGAGGCUGCUGCAGAGCAGCCCGUCAAGUCCAAGUCCAAGUCCAAGAAGGCCGAAGAGGAGACCUUCGAUGAGGAUGAUGACUUUGACAUGGACGUCUCAGACGAGGAGGCCUUUGUUGGGAGCGACGAGGAACUACCCUCGGACAUGGAGCUUGAAGGCGGAGUGGAACGUCCGAAGGACGAUGGGAGGUCAGAUCGGAAGAAGCGCCGUAAGCUCAAACACCUGCCGACAUUCGCAUCGGCAGACGACUAUGCGGCCCUGCUGGCCGGGGAGGACGAGGGGAUGUAA